UAAAGUUAUAUAUGAUCCCGAGGACUUUCAGGAAGGAGAGGAAGUUCUUCCCCCCACAAAGGUUGAACUUGCCCUGGCCUGAUUCAUACCUGCCUCAUUUGCAUAAUUACAUCAUUACAGCACCUUGAUGGACAACCAGCGGCCGGAGCACUCAUCCAUGAUGCAAGGGGAGCAAUCUGGCCUUGAGGACAUCCCAGCCUCAGCGCUGGAACCAACCUUUAUGGUGACGGACGACAUCCACCAGGAGAGUAAGGCAGCACAGAUGUUCUUUGAGAGUUUAUUGCAGUCAUCUCGGUCACAGCUGUUGUCAGAUUGUUACAUGUCAUCUGGUGAGGUUAACUGGAUGGACCAACAACUCGGUGCAUCUGAUGAUGGGCCUGUAUCUGGUAAUAUGCCAGGUGUUGGGAUACGGUCUUCGGUGCCAAGUGAUGCAGAAACUAACUCUGUUGUCAUGAGGUCUGUGAUGUCAAGUGUUCCAGGAACUGAUACUGUUGUUGUGCAGUCUGCCAUGCCUGCUAGCAUUGUCAUGAAGUCUGAGAUGCCGAGUGACACAGGAUCUGAUAACUAUGCUGUACGGUCUGUACCUCCUCAAGUAUCGUGUGUAGUGAUCGGCCAGUCAGCAACAACCUGUGUAUCCUCUAAUGUCAUUGGCCAGUCAGUGACCAGUCAUCCUGUUGCUGUUACAAGCAGCAACUCAUCAAGUGGAUCAUCUGUUUCACCAAAGAAACGAUCCCGACGGGAACAAUCAGGUACUGAUAUCGACAGUCGUGAAGGUCACGUGUCAGGGCGUCAAUCACAAGGUGAAGUUCGUAUAUCUGGCAGACAGUCGCAGUGUGACGAACGUCUUUCUGGGCAACAGUCACGAUGUGAGAGUCGUAUGUCUGGGCGUCAGUCACAGUGUGAGAGUCGUAUGUCUGGGCGUCAGUCGCAGUGUGAGAGUCGUAUGUCUGGGCGCGAGUCGCAGUGUGAUGAUCGAAUGGAUGCCUACAGUGAUGGUGGGAGCAGUUGUGUAUCAUCCAAUCAAGAAAAGAGGGAUGGUGUGGACACAGGUUCUACUUCACGUCGUAGAGGGAGCCACAUCUCUGAAGGAGGUCGCAGAUCCCGAGAGAGAAGUGAGAGCGAGGGAGACACUGUGGCAGAUAUAGCCAUGUUGAGCUCCUACACAUCCGACGACACUCGACGACAGAUGACAGGUUCUGUGACACCGGACACAUCAGAUGUCGGCUUCCAACCCAGUAUGCUUGAUGCGGUGUUGACGGAGAAGAAAAUGGCACUGUUGAGGUCACCAGAAGUGCGCCAGUUCCUGUUCAACCUCCAAUCACAGAAAGCCAGGGAGCAGACGCAACCUCACAGUUCACCCAAUACAACAAAGGGAGACAACCCUUCCUGAAGCUACAUUGUCUGAAAUUGCUGGACUAUACAUAACCAUGAUAUCACAACCCAAGUUCCAUGCCUUGACAUCUUAUCCUUUUGUGCAACCUACCACUUCUAUUGCCAAGAUGUAUAAAUAGGUAUAUAAAUAUUUCAGCAGUACAUGCGUUCUUGGUGAGAGAAGUAUUGCACUAUGAAACCAUGUAAAUCUGUGGGAUGACUUUCAGAAUGACUAUGUCCAGAUUAACAAAGAAUUGUUAGAGUCUUUGAAUGGCAUUUGCAAGUGAUAUGCUUAAAUGGUGACCAUGCUUAUUGCAAAAGGCAACUAUGUAUCAGGUGGUCAGGCUUUCUGACUUGGUUGACAUAUUCAUGUUUGUUGUGUUUGUUGUUUAGCACAGAACUCAGCAAUAUUCCAUAUAUAUGGUGGCAGUUAAGCCUGGACCAAACAACCCAGUGAUCAACGGCAUAAGCAUCAGUCUACGCAUGGACAUGACCUGUGUUAACCAAGUCAGCGGCCUGUUACAUGACAAACACAGGUUACUGAAGACAACUUCUAACCCGGAUCUUAAAGUGUCUUGUGGCAUUGAUGGCCAGAUGCCUGUUUCAGGCAAGUAUUAAGCUAUGUAGAUGAUUUGUAACCGUUGAGGCUGACUGUAGACACACCAUGACUGUACCAUGAAAA